AAGUUAGCCAUGGGCAAAUUAAAAAGUAUUUGUGUCCUACUGUGGAUAUGUGGGUACAGUGCGGUGACCGCUACAGAAGAAGGCUAUGCAAGAUCAGCGAGAGACGCCGCCAUUCUGACCUCCUGUGACUUUAACCAGGAAAGUACACCCUAUUGUCAGUUCCAGCAGGACGGCAACGACAACAGUGAUUGGACAAGACACCGAGGCCCCACCCCUACACCAGGAACAGGACCCCCCGGGGACUACCCUGACGGCAAUGGUUUCUACAUCUACCAUGAGUGUGACAAUGUGGCCAACGGGCAGAAGGCUCGUCUUCUCAGCUCGGCCCUCAUCUCCUCCACCUCCACCCAGAUCUGUGUCCAGUUCCGCUACUACAUGUACGGCUCAGACAAUGAGAACCACCUGCGCGUGCUGGCCAAGUGGCCCAGCUCGGAGGACAAAGUCUGGGAGAAGACUGGGAUCCAGAGCCCCUCCUGGCUUGGAGCUGCUGUCACCGUGGCCAAACCAGCAGGACAGACCCUAAACAUUGUGUUUGAGGCACAGCGUGGAUUGUCUGCUUCUUGUGACUCAGCCCUGGAUAACAUUGUCAUCAGUGAGGGAGCUUGUCCAGCCUGUCUGACUGGUUGUGACUUCGACACCGCUGAUGAUCUGUGCAACUGGGAGGCACGUCAACCGUCAAAUCCUGACUUUGGUUGGGAGCAGUGGACUGGACAAACUGACACAGAAGGAUCUGGUCCUGACGAUGACUUCUCCAAACCAGGCUUGGGCCAAUAUCUGCUGAUGGACUCAUCAUUUCGUGUCCCUGGAGAGAAAGUAGAGCUGUGGAGCCCAUCCACCACCUCCUCUGGCUGUCUGGACCUCACCUUCCAUUACUACAUGUACGGCACUUCCACCACCAUGAAGCUCAAUGUCUACACAGUGACUGGCGGAGGAAGCCUUGGUUCUCCCAUCUUCUCCUUGACAGGGAACCAGGGCCAGGGUUGGAAGCCUGCAGAGAUACGUUACCUCGGCUCAGCUAACAUGCAGUUUGUGAUUGUUGGCGUUUACGGUGAGACCCCUAAGACAGACAUCGCUAUAGACGCUGUAUGCAUCACAAUCUGCACAGUUCCACCACCAACUACACCAAAACCUUCAACUCCAAGUCCCUCAACACCAAAACCUCCAACACCGGGACCAACAACUGCUAAACCUUCGACCCCCAAGCCUUCUACACCUAAACCACCAACCACAAAACCACCAGUGACGUGCCCUCCCAAUGCUGAGUACAUAGAGUGUGGCCCAGCCUGCAUCCCCAGCUGUAAGGAACCCUCCACCAACUGCACUGGCUCCUGUAUCAGUGCGUGUUUCUGUAAGCCAGGCUUCGUGUUCAAAGGCAGACGCUGUGUCCCCAUAGAAACCUGUGGCUGUCUGGAGGGAGGUGACUACUAUGAGCCAGGAGAGAUCAUCUUUGGUGACGGCUGCUCCAAGCUGUGUCGUUGUGCCGGAAACUACACCCUGGACUGUGUGGACAACUCCUGCUCUCCCACGGAGGAGUGCCGCAACGGUGCAUGCUAUCGUAAAGCCACCUCUACCUGUGUAGCAUCUGGCGACCCUCACUACACCACCUUCGACAAGAAGAAGUACAACUUCAUGGGGAACUGCAGCUACCUGAUGUCAGAGCCCUGUAACCACACGUCAGUGCCUCACUACGAGGUGCAUGCCGACAAUGAAAACCGCUUCAACAAACCAACCAUCUCCUACCUGAAGGCUGUGCAUGUGUAUGUGCGCAGCGUGAAGAUCUCCAUCCUGAAGGGAGGCACAGUGCAGUUGAAUGGUACCAAUGUGAACAUCCCACUGACACCAGCUACAGGCGUGUCUGUUUUGAAGUCUGGUAAACACUACACUGUAGCCAUGGACUUUGGUGUGACCGUACGAUAUGACGGAAACCACUACAUGGACAUCAAAGUCAUCAAGGACUAUAAAGACAAGCUGUGUGGACUGUGUGGAGACUACAAUGGAAACUCCAAAGAUGACUUCAGGAAACCAGACGGUUCUCUGACCACCAACCCCAAUGACUUUGGACACAGCUGGGUCACAGAUCCCAAUUGUAACAAGAAGCCCAACACCACCGUCCCAGGCUGUACUGAUGAUGAACUGGACAGGUAUGAGAGCUCUGGCUACUGCGGCAUGCUACUGGACAAGAACGGACAGUUCGCUGUCUGUCACCCCAAGGUCAACCCCAAUAGUUUCUUCCAGGACUGUCUGUUUGACCUGUGCGAGCUGGAUGGUGCUCAACCCAUUCUGUGUGAGUCCAUCGAGUCCUACGUCAACGAGUGUCAGGACCGAGGAGUCACCAUCGGAACCUGGAGGAACAGCACUUUCUGCCCUCUGACAUGCCCCCCCAACAGUCAGUACGUGCCCUGUGCCGCCCCUUGUCAGCCCACCUGUGCCUCCAGACCCCCCACGGGGUGUGAUGCUCCCUGUUCAGAGGGUUGUGUGUGUGACCCUGGUUAUAUCCUCAGCGCCGGGAAGUGUGUCAAAGAGAACUCUUGUGGCUGCAAACACACCAACGGACAGUACUACGAGCCUGGUGAGGAGUGGUACGUGGAGGACUGUCAGAUGAAAUGUUACUGUAACGCUCCCUUCGUCACCUGCAGUCCCUCUGAUUGCCCUCCAAUGCACGAGUGUAAGGUCCAGGGUGGAGAGCUGGACUGCUACCCUACAACCCCAACUACAGUCAAACCAACUACUCCCAAACCAACUACACCUAAACCAACUACUCCCAAGCCUACUACCCCAAAACCUCCAACCACAAAACCACCAGUGACGUGCCCUCCCAAUGCUGAGUACAUAGAGUGUGGCCCAGCCUGCAUCCCCAGCUGUAAGGAACCCUCCACCAACUGCACUGGCUCCUGUAUCAGUGCGUGUUUCUGUAAGCCAGGCUUCGUGUUCAAAGGCAGACGCUGUGUCCCCAUAGAAACCUGUGGCUGUCUGGAGGGAGGUGACUACUAUGAGCCAGGAGAGAUCAUCUUUGGUGACGGCUGCUCCAAGCUGUGUCGUUGUGCCGGAAACUACACCCUGGACUGUGUGGACAACUCCUGCUCUCCCACGGAGGAGUGCCGCAACGGUGCAUGCUAUCCUAAAGCCACCUCUACCUGUGUAGCAUCUGGCGACCCUCACUACACCACCUUCGACAAGAAGAAGUACAACUUCAUGGGGAACUGCAGCUACCUGAUGUCAGAGCCCUGUAACCACACGUCAGUGCCUCACUACGAGGUGCAUGCCGACAAUGAAAACCGCUUCAACAAACCAACCAUCUCCUACCUGAAGGCUGUGCAUGUGUAUGUGCGCAGGGUGAAGAUCUCCAUCCUGAAGGGAGGCACUGUGCAGUUGAAUGGUACCAAUGUGAACAUCCCACUGACACCAGCUACAGGCGUGUCUGUUUUGAAGUCUGGUAAACACUACACUGUAGCCAUGGACUUUGGUGUGACCGUACGAUAUGACGGAAACCACUACAUGGACAUCAAAGUCAUCAAGGACUAUAAAGACAAGCUGUGUGGACUGUGUGGAGACUACAAUGGAAACUCCAAAGAUGACUUCAGGAAACCAGACGGUUCUCUGACCACCAACCCCAAUGACUUUGGACACAGCUGGGUCACAGAUCCCAAUUGUAACAAGAAGCCCAACACCACCGUCCCAGGCUGUACUGAUGAUGAACUGGACAGGUAUGAGAGCUCUGGCUACUGCGGCAUGCUACUGGACAAGAACGGACCGUUCGCUGUCUGUCACCCCAAGGUCAACCCCAAUAGUUUCUUCCAGGACUGUCUGUUUGACCUGUGCGAGCUGGAUGGUGCUCAACCCAUUCUGUGUGAGUCCAUCGAGUCCUACGUCAACGAGUGUCAGGACCGAGGAGUCACCAUCGGAACCUGGAGGAACAGCACUUUCUGCCCUCUGACAUGCCCCCCCAACAGUCAGUACGUGCCCUGUGCCGCCCCUUGUCAGCCCACCUGUGCCUCCAGACCCCCCACGGGGUGUGAUGCUCCCUGUUCAGAGGGUUGUGUGUGUGACCCUGGUUAUAUCCUCAGCGCCGGGAAGUGUGUCAAAGAGAACUCCUGUGGAUGCAAACACACCAACGGACAAUACUACGAGCCUGGUGAGGAGUGGUACGUGGAGGACUGUCAGAUGAAAUGUUACUGUAACGCUCCCUUCGUCACCUGCAGUCCCUCUGAUUGCCCUCCAAUGCACGAGUGUAAGGUCCAGGGUGGAGAGCUGGACUGCUACCCUACAACCCCAACUACAGUCAAACCAACGACUCCCAAACCAACUACACCUAAACCAACUACUCCCAAGCCUACUACCCCAAAACCUCCAACCACAAAACCACCAGUGACGUGCCCUCCCAAUGCUGAGUACAUAGAGUGUGGCCCAGCCUGCAUCCCCAGCUGUAAGGAACCCUCCACCAACUGCACUGGCUCCUGUAUCAGUGCGUGUUUCUGUAAGCCAGGCUUCGUGUUCAAAGGCAGACGCUGUGUCCCCAUAGAAACCUGUGGCUGUCUGGAGGGAGGUGACUACUAUGAGCCAGGAGAGAUCAUCUUUGGUGACGGCUGCUCCAAGCUGUGUCGUUGUGCCGGAAACUACACCCUGGACUGUGUGGACAACUCCUGCUCUCCCACGGAGGAGUGCCGCAAUGGUGCAUGCUAUCCUAAAGCCACCUCUACCUGUGUAGCAUCUAGCGACCCUCACUACACCACCUUCGACAAGAAGAAGUACAACUUCAUGGGGAACUGCAGCUACCUGAUGUCAGAGCCCUGUAACCACACGUCAGUGCCUCACUACGAGGUGCAUGCCGACAAUGAAAACCGCUUCAACAAACCAACCAUCUCCUACCUGAAGGCUGUGCAUGUGUAUGUGCGCAGCGUGAAGAUCUCCAUCCUGAAGGGAGGCACAGUGCAGUUGAAUGGUACCAAUGUGAACAUCCCACUGACACCAGCUACAGGCGUGUCUGUUUUGAAGUCUGGUAAACACUACACUGUAGCCAUGGACUUUGGUGUGACCGUACGAUAUGACGGAAACCACUACAUGGACAUCAAAGUCAUCAAGGACUAUAAAGACAAGCUGUGUGGACUGUGUGGAGACUACAAUGGAAACUCCAAAGAUGACUUCAGGAAACCAGACGGUUCUCUGACCACCAACCCCAAUGACUUUGGACACAGCUGGGUCACAGAUCCCAAUUGUAACAAGAAGCCCAACACCACCGUCCCAGGCUGUACUGAUGAUGAACUGGACAGGUAUGAGAGCUCUGGCUACUGCGGCAUGCUACUGGACAAGAACGGACCGUUCGCUGUCUGUCACCCCAAGGUCAACCCCAAUAGUUUCUUCCAGGACUGUCUGUUUGACCUGUGCGAGUUGGAUGGUGCUCAACCCAUUCUGUGUGAGUCCAUCGAGUCCUACGUCAACGAGUGUCAGGACCGAGGAGUCACCAUCGGAACCUGGAGGAACAGCACUUUCUGCCGUGACUCUGACAUGCCCCCCAACAGUCAGUACGUGCCCUGUGCCGCCCCUUGUCAGCCCACCUGUGCCUCCAGACCCCCCACGGGGUGUGAUGCUCCCUGUUCAGAGGGUUGUGUGUGUGACCCUGGUUAUAUCCUCAGCGCCGGGAAGUGUGUCAAAGAGAACUCUUGUGGCUGCAAACACACCAACGGACAGUACUACGAGCCUGGUGAGGAGUGGUACGUGGAGGACUGUCAGAUGAAAUGUUACUGUAACGCUCCCUUCGUCACCUGCAGUCCCUCUGAUUGCCCUCCAAUGCACGAGUGUAAGGUCCAGGGUGGAGAGCUGGACUGCUACCCUACAACCCCAACUACAGUCAAACCAACUACUCCCAAACCAACUACACCUAAACCAACUACUCCCAAGCCUACUACCCCAAAACCUCCAACCACAAAACCACCAGUGACGUGCCCUCCCAAUGCUGAGUACAUAGAGUGUGGCCCAGCCUGCAUCCCCAGCUGUAGGGAACCCUCCACCAACUGCACUGGCUCCUGUAUCAGUGCGUGUUUCUGUAAGCCAGGCUUCGUGUUCAAAGGCAGACGCUGUGUCCCCAUAGAAACCUGUGGCUGUCUGGAGGGAGGUGACUACUAUGAGCCAGGAGAGAUCAUCUUUGGUGACGGCUGCUCCAAGCUGUGUCGUUGUGCCGGAAACUACACCCUGGACUGUGUGGACAACUCCUGCUCUCCCACGGAGGAGUGCCGCAACGGUGCAUGCUAUCCUAAAGCCACCUCUACCUGUGUAGCAUCUGGCGACCCUCACUACACCACCUUCGACAAGAAGAGGUACAACUUCAUGGGGAACUGCAGCUACCUGAUGUCAGAGCCCUGUAACCACACGUCAGUGCCUCACUACGAGGUGCAUGCCGACAAUGAAAACCGCUUCAACAAACCAACCAUCUCCUACCUGAAGGCUGUGCAUGUGUAUGUGCGCAGGGUGAAGAUCUCCAUCCUGAAGGGAGGCACUGUGCAGUUGAAUGGUACCAAUGUGAACAUCCCACUGACACCAGCUACAGGCGUGUCUGUUUUGAAGUCUGGUAAACACUACACUGUAGCCAUGGACUUUGGUGUGACCGUACGAUAUGACGGAAACCACUACAUGGACAUCAAAGUCAUCAAGGACUAUAAAGACAAGCUGUGUGGACUGUGUGGAGACUACAACGGAAACUCCAAAGAUGAUUUCAGGAAACCAGACGGUUCUCUGACCACCAACCCCAAUGACUUUGGACACAGCUGGGUCACAGAUCCCAAUUGUAACAAGAAGCCCAACACCACCAUCCCAGGCUGUACUGAUGAUGAACUGGACAGGUAUGAGAGCUCUGGCUACUGCGGCAUGCUACUGGACAAGAACGGACCGUUCGCUGUCUGUCACCCCAAGGUCAACCCCAAUAGUUUCUUCCAGGACUGUCUGUUUGACCUGUGCGAGCUGGAUGGUGCUCAACCCAUUCUGUGUGAGUCCAUCGAGUCCUACGUCAACGAGUGUCAGGACCGAGGAGUCACCAUCGGAACCUGGAGGAACAGCACUUUCUGCCCUCUGACAUGCCCCCCCAACAGUCAGUACGUGCCCUGUGCCGCCCCUUGUCAGCCCACCUGUGCCUCCAGACCCCCCACGGGGUGUGAUGCUCCCUGUUCAGAGGGUUGUGUGUGUGACCCUGGUUAUAUCCUCAGCGCCGGGAAGUGUGUCAAAGAGAACUCCUGUGGCUGCAAACACACCAACGGACAGUACUACGAGCCUGGUGAGGAGUGGUACGUGGAGGACUGUCAGAUGAAAUGUUACUGUAACGCUCCCUUCGUCACCUGCAGUCCCUCUGAUUGCCCUCCAAUGCACGAGUGUAAGGUCCAGGGUGGAGAGCUGGACUGCUACCCUACAACCCCAACUACAGUCAAACCAACUACUCCCAAACCAACUGCACCUAAACCAACUACUCCCAAGCCUACUACUCCAAAACCUCCAGUGACGUGCCCUCCCAAUGCUGAGUACAUAGAGUGUGGCCCAGCCUGCAUCCCCAGCUGUAAGGAACCCUCCACCAACUGCACUGGCUCCUGUAUCAGUGCGUGUUUCUGUAAGCCAGGCUUCGUGUUCAAAGGCAGACGCUGUGUCCCCAUAGAAACCUGUGGCUGUCUGGAGGGAGGUGACUACUAUGAGCCAGGAGAGAUCAUCUUUGGUGACGGCUGCUCCAAGCUGUGUCGUUGUGCCGGAAACUACACCCUGGACUGUGUGGACAACUCCUGCUCUCCCACGGAGGAGUGCCGCAACGGUGCAUGCUAUCCUAAAGCCACCUCUACCUGUGUAGCAUCUAGCGACCCUCACUACACCACCUUCGACAAGAAGAAGUACAACUUCAUGGGGAACUGCAGCUACCUGAUGUCAGAGCCCUGUAACCACACGUCAGUGCCUCACUACGAGGUGCAUGCCGACAAUGAAAACCGCUUCAACAAACCAACCAUCUCCUACCUGAAGGCUGUGCAUGUGUAUGUGCGCAGCAUGAAGAUCUCCAUCCUGAAGGGAGGCACAGUGCAGUUGAAUGGUACCAAUGUGAACAUCCCACUGACACCAGCUACAGGCGUGUCUGUUUUGAAGUCUGGUAAACACUACACUGUAGCCAUGGACUUUGGUGUGACCGUACGAUAUGACGGAAACCACUACAUGGACAUCAAAGUCAUCAAGGACUAUAAAGACAAGCUGUGUGGACUGUGUGGAGACUACAAUGGAAACUCCAAAGAUGACUUCAGGAAACCAGACGGUUCUCUGACCACCAACCCCAAUGACUUUGGACACAGCUGGGUCACAGAUCCCAAUUGUAACAAGAAGCCCAACACCACCAUCCCAGGCUGUACUGAUGAUGAACUGGACAGGUAUGAGAGCUCUGGCUACUGCGGCAUGCUUCUGGACAAGAACGGACCGUUCGCUGUCUGUCACCCCAAGGUCAACCCCAAUAGUUUCUUCCAGGACUGUCUGUUUGACCUGUGCGAGCUGGAUGGUGCUCAACCCAUUCUGUGUGAGUCCAUCGAGUCCUCAGUCAACGAGUGUCAGGACCGAGGAGUCACCAUCGGAACCUGGAGGAACAGCACUUUCUGCCCUCUGACAUGCCCCCCCAACAGUCAGUACGUGCCCUGUGCCGCCCCUUGCCAGCCCACCUGUGCCUCCAGACCCCCCACGGGGUGUGAUGCUCCCUGUUCAGAGGGUUGUGUGUGUGACCCUGGUUAUAUCCUCAGCGCCGGGAAGUGUGUCAAAGAGAACUCUUGUGGCUGCAAACACACCAACGGACAGUACUACGAGCCUGGUGAGGAGUGGUACGUGGAGGACUGUCAGAUGAAAUGUUACUGUAACGCUCCCUUCGUCACCUGCAGUCCCUCUGAUUGCCCUCCAAUGCACGAGUGUAAGGUCCAGGGUGGAGAGCUGGACUGCUACCCUACAACCCCAACUACAGUCAAACCAACUACUCCAAAACCAACUACACCUAAACCAACUACUCCCAAGCCUACUACUCCAAAACCUCCAGUGACGUGCCCUCCCAAUGCUGAGUACAUAGAGUGUGGCCCAGCCUGCAUCCCCAGCUGUAAGGAACCCUCCACCAACUGCACUGGCUCCUGUAUCAGUGCGUGUUUCUGUAAGCCAGGCUUCGUGUUCAAAGGCAGACGCUGUGUCCCCAUAGAAACCUGUGGCUGUCUGGAGGGAGGUGACUACUAUGAGCCAGGAGAGAUCAUCUUUGGUGACGGCUGCUCCAAGCUGUGUCGUUGUGCCGGAAACUACACCCUGGACUGUGUGGACAACUCCUGCUCUCCCACGGAGGAGUGCCGCAACGGUGCAUGCUAUCCUAAAGCCACCUCUACCUGUGUAGCAUCUAGCGACCCUCACUACACCACCUUCGACAAGAAGAAGUACAACUUCAUGGGGAACUGCAGCUACCUGAUGUCAGAGCCCUGUAACCACACGUCAGUGCCUCACUACGAGGUGCAUGCCGACAAUGAAAACCGCUUCAACAAACCAACCAUCUCCUACCUGAAGGCUGUGCAUGUGUAUGUGCGCAGCAUGAAGAUCUCCAUCCUGAAGGGAGGCACAGUGCAGUUGAAUGGUACCAAUGUGAACAUCCCACUGACACCAGCUACAGGCGUGUCUGUUUUGAAGUCUGGUAAACACUACACUGUAGCCAUGGACUUUGGUGUGACCGUACGAUAUGACGGAAACCACUACAUGGACAUCAAAGUCAUCAAGGACUAUAAAGACAAGCUGUGUGGACUGUGUGGAGACUACAAUGGAAACUCCAAAGAUGACUUCAGGAAACCAGACGGUUCUCUGACCACCAACCCCAAUGACUUUGGACACAGCUGGGUCACAGAUCCCAAUUGUAACAAGAAGCCCAACACCACCAUCCCAGGCUGUACUGAUGAUGAACUGGACAGGUAUGAGAGCUCUGGCUACUGCGGCAUGCUUCUGGACAAGAACGGAACGUUCGCUGUCUGUCACCCCAAGGUCAACCCCAAUAGUUUCUUCCAGGACUGUCUGUUUGACCUGUGCGAGCUGGAUGGUGCUCAACCCAUUCUGUGUGAGUCCCUCGAGUCCUACGUCAACGAGUGUCAGGACCGAGGAGUCACCAUCGGAACCUGGAGGAACAGCACUUUCUGCCCUCUGACAUGCCCCCCCAACAGUCAGUACGUGCCCUGUGCCGCCCCUUGCCAGCCCACCUGUGCCUCCAGACCCCCCACGGGGUGUGAUGCUCCCUGUUCAGAGGGUUGUGUGUGUGACCCUGGUUAUAUCCUCAGCGCCGGGAAGUGUGUCAAAGAGAACUCUUGUGGCUGCAAACACACCAACGGACAGUACUACGAGCCUGGUGAGGAGUGGUACGUGGAGGACUGUCAGAUGAAAUGUUACUGUAACGCUCCCUUCGUCACCUGCAGUCCCUCUGAUUGCCCUCCAAUGCACGAGUGUAAGGUCCAGGGUGGAGAGCUGGACUGCUACCCUACAACCCCAACUACAGUCAAACCAACUACUCCCAAACCAACUACACCUAAACCAACUACUCCCAAGCCUACUACUCCAAAACCUCCAGUGACGUGCCCUCCCAAUGCUGAGUACAUAGAGUGUGGCCCAGCCUGCAUCCCCAGCUGUAAGGAACCCUCCACCAACUGCACUGGCUCCUGUAUCAGUGCGUGUUUCUGUAAGCCAGGCUUCGUGUUCAAAGGCAGACGCUGUGUCCCCAUAGAAACCUGUGGCUGUCUGGAGGGAGGUGACUACUAUGAGCCAGGAGAGAUCAUCUUUGGUGACGGCUGCUCCAAGCUGUGUCGUUGUGCCAGAAACUACACCCUGGACUGUGUGGACAACUCCUGCUCUCCCACGGAGGAGUGCCGCAACGGUGCAUGCUAUCCUAAAGCCACCUCUACCUGUGUAGCAUCUAGCGACCCUCACUACACCACCUUCGACAAGAAGAAGUACAACUUCAUGGGGAACUGCAGCUACCUGAUGUCAGAGCCCUGUAACCACACGUCAGUGCCUCACUACGAGGUGCAUGCCGACAAUGAAAACCGCUUCAACAAACCAACCAUCUCCUACCUGAAGGCUGUGCAUGUGUAUGUGCGCAGCAUGAAGAUCUCCAUCCUGAAGGGAGGCACAGUGCAGUUGAAUGGUACCAAUGUGAACAUCCCACUGACACCAGCUACAGGCGUGUCUGUUUUGAAGUCUGGUAAACACUACACUGUAGCCAUGGACUUUGGUGUGACCGUACGAUAUGACGGAAACCACUACAUGGACAUCAAAGUCAUCAAGGACUAUAAAGACAAGCUGUGUGGACUGUGUGGAGACUACAAUGGAAACUCCAAAGAUGACUUCAGGAAACCAGACGGUUCUCUGACCACCAACCCCAAUGACUUUGGACACAGCUGGGUCACAGAUCCCAAUUGUAACAAGAAGCCCAACACCACCAUCCCAGGCUGUACUGAUGAUGAACUGGACAGGUAUGAGAGCUCUGGCUACUGCGGCAUGCUUCUGGACAAGAACGGACCGUUCGCUGUCUGUCACCCCAAGGUCAACCCCAAUAGUUUCUUCCAGGACUGUCUGUUUGACCUGUGCGAGCUGGAUGGUGCUCAACCCAUUCUGUGUGAGUCCAUCGAGUCCCUACGUCAACGAGUGUCAGGACCGAGGAGUCACCAUCGGAACCUGGAGGAACAGCACUUUCUGCCCUCUGACAUGCCCCCCAACAGUCACGCCGGGAAGUGUGUCAAAGAGAACUCUUGUGGCUGCAAACACACCAACGGACAGUACUACGAGCCUGGUGAGGAGUGGUACGUGGAGGACUGUCAGAUGAAAUGUUACUGUAACGCUCCCUUCGUCACCUGCAGUCCCUCUGAUUGCCCUCCAAUGCACGAGUGUAAGGUCCAGGGUGGAGAGCUGGACUGCUACCCUACAAUGACGUGCCCUCCCAAUGCUGAGUACAUAGAGUGUGGCCCAGCCUGCAUCCCCAGCUGUAAGGAACCCUCCACCAACUGCACUGGCUCCUGUAUCAGUGCGUGUUUCUGUAAGCCAGGCUUCGUGUUCAAAGGCAGACGCUGUGUCCCCAUAGAAACCUGUGGCUGUCUGGAGGGAGGUGACUACUAUGAGCCAGGAGAGAUCAUCUUUGGUGACGGCUGCUCCAAGCUGUGUCGUUGUGCGGAAACUACACCCUGGACUGUGUGGACAACUCCUGCUCUCCCACGGAGGAGUGCCGCAACGGUGCAUGCUAUCCCUAAAGCCACCUCUACCUGUGUAGCAUCUAGCGACCCUCACUACACCACCUUCGACAAGAAGAAGUACAACUUCAUGGGGAACUGCAGCUACCUGAUGUCAGAGCCCUGUAACCACACGUCAGUGCCUCACUACGAGGUGCAUGCCGACAAUGAAAACCGCUUCAACAAACCAACCAUCUCCUACCUGAAGGCUGUGCAUGUGUAUGUGCGCAGCAUGAAGAUCUCCAUCCUGAAGGGAGGCACAGUGCAGUUGAAUGGUACCAAUGUGAACAUCCCACUGACACCAGCUACAGGCGUGUCUGUUUUGAAGUCUGGUAAACACUACACUGUAGCCAUGGACUUUGGUGUGACCGUACGAUAUGACGGAAACCACUACAUGGACAUCAAAGUCAUCAAGGACUAUAAAGACAAGCUGUGUGGACUGUGUGGAGACUACAAUGGAAACUCCAAAGAUGACUUCAGGAAACCAGACGGUUCUCUGACCACCAACCCCAAUGACUUUGGACACAGCUGGGUCACAGAUCCCAAUUGUAACAAGAAGCCCAACACCACCAUCCCAGGCUGUACUGAUGAUGAACUGGACAGGUAUGAGAGCUCUGGCUACUGCGGCAUGCUUCUGGACAAGAACGGACCGUUCGCUGUCUGUCACCCCAAGGUCAACCCCAAUAGUUUCUUCCAGGACUGUCUGUUUGACCUGUGCGAGCUGGAUGGUGCUCAACCCAUUCUGUGUGAGUCCAUCGAGUCCUACGUCAACGAGUGUCAGGACCGAGGAGUCACCAUCGGAACCUGGAGGAACAGCACUUUCUGCCCUCUGACAUGCCCCAACAGUCAGUACGUGCCCUGUGCCGCCCCUUGCCAGCCCACCUGUGCCUCCAGACCCCCCACGGGGUGUGAUGCUCCCUGUUCAGAGGGUUGUGUGUGUGACCCUGGUUAUAUCCUCAGCGCCGGGAAGUGUGUCAAAAAGAACUCUUGUGGCUGCAAACACACCAACGGACAGUACUACGAGCCUGGUGAGGAGUGGUACGUGGAGGACUGUCAGAUGAAAUGUUACUGUAACGCUCCCUUCGUCACCUGCAGUCCCUCUGAUUGCCCUCCAAUGCACGAGUGUAAGGUCCAGGGUGGAGAGCUGGACUGCUACCCUACAACCCCAACUACAGUCAAACCAACUACUCCCAAACCAACUACACCUAAACCAACUACUCCCAAGCCUACUACUCCAAAACCUCCAGUGACGUGCCCUCCCAAUGCUGAGUACAUAGAGUGUGGCCCAGCCUGCAUCCCCAGCUGUAAGGAACCCUCCACCAACUGCACUGGCUCCUGUAUCAGUGCGUGUUUCUGUAAGCCAGGCUUCGUGUUCAAAGGCAGACGCUGUGUCCCCAUAGAAACCUGUGGCUGUCUGGAGGGAGGUGACUACUAUGAGCCAGGAGAGAUCAUCUUUGGUGACGGCUGCUCCAAGCUGUGUCGUUGUGCCGGAAACUACACCCUGGACUGUGUGGACAACUCCUGCUCUCCCACGGAGGAGUGCCGCAAUGGCGCAUGCUAUCCUAAAGCCACCUCUACCUGUGUAGCAUCUAGCGACCCUCACUACACCACCUUCGACAAGAAGAAGUACAACUUCAUGGGGAACUGCAGCUACCUGAUGUCAGACCCCUGUAACCACACGUCAGUGCCUCACUACGAGGUGCAUGCCGACAAUGAAAACCGCUUCAACAAACCAACCAUCUCCUACCUGAAGGCUGUGCAUGUGUAUGUGCGCAGCGUGAAGAUCUCCAUCCUGAAGGGAGGCACUGUGCAGUUGAAUGGUACCAAUGUAAACAUCCCACUGACCCCAGCAACAGGCGUGUCUGUUUUGAAGUCUGGUAAACACUACACUGUAGCCAUGGACUUUGGUGUGACCGUACGAUAUGACGGAAACCACUACAUGGAAAUCAAAGUCAUCAAGGACUAUAAAGACAAGCUGUGUGGACUGUGUGGAGACUACAAUGGAAACUCCAAAGAUGACUUCAGGAAACCAGACGGUUCUCUGACCACCAACCCCAAUGACUUUGGACACAGCUGGGUCACAGAUCCCAAUUGUAACAAGAAGCCCAACACCACCAUCCCAGGCUGUACUGAUGAUGAACUGGACAGGUAUGAGAGCUCUGGCUACUGCGGCAUGCUUCUAGACAAGAACGGAACGUUCGCUGUCUGUCACCCCAAGGUCAACCCCAAUAGUUUCUUCCAGGACUGUCUGUUUGACCUGUGCGAGCUGGAUGGUGCUCAACCCAUUCUGUGUGAGUCCAUCGAGUCCUACGUCAACGAGUGUCAGGACCGAGGAGUCACCAUCGGAACCUGGAGGAACAGCACUUUCUGCCCUCUGACAUGCCCCCCCAACAGUCAGUACGUGCCCUGUGCCGCCCCUUGUCAGCCCACCUGUGCCUCCAGACCCCCCACGGGGUGUGAUGCUCCCUGUUCAGAGGGUUGUGUGUGUGACCCUGGUUAUGUCCUCAGCGCCGGGAAGUGUGUCAAAGAGAACUCCUGUGGCUGCAACCACACUAACGGACAGUACUACGAACCUGGUGAUGAGUGGUACGUGGAGGACUGUAAGAUGAAAUGUUACUGUAACGCUCCCUUCGUCACCUGCAGUCCCUCUGAUUGCCCUGCAAUGCACGAGUGUAAGGUCCAGGGUGGAGAGCUGGACUGCUACCCUACAAGUUCCCAGGACUGUGUGAUCUCUGGAGACCCCCACUAUAACACCUUUGAUGAUAAGUUCUACAGCUUCAUGGGGACCUGCACCUACACCCUGGCCAGGAGCUGCAAGAACAACACAGGUCCGUGGUUCUCUGUGGAGGGUAAGAACGAGGAGCGUGGUCUGGCUGGAGUGUCCUACCUGAAGAAGCUCUACGUCACUGUCGAUGGAAUCACUGUCACACUGAUGAAGAGCAGGAGGACUCUGGUGAAUGGAAAGCGAGUGUCCCUCCCUCAUUCCCCCUCUCCGCUCAUCUCUCUAUCGCUGGCGGGUCAGUACAUCACGCUGCAGACUCCAUUCGGCCUCAAGGUGCGCUGGGAUGGAAACCACUACGCCCAGAUCUCAGUGCCCAGCUCCUACUCUGACCAGAUGUGUGGUCUGUGUGGCAACUACGACGGUAACCCUAACAACGACUUCACCAAGCCGGACGGAUCCCAGGUCACCAGCUCCAAGGACUUUGGAAACAGCUGGAAGACCGAGGAAGAUGAGGAAGACACAUGCAACCCCGACACCAGCCCAGAUCCAUUCUGUAAUCCCUCACUGGAGGCAGAAGUUUCCAAACCUGAGAACUGUGGGAAAUUAACCGAUAACAAAGGACCCUUCAGGGAGUGCAUAGCGUUGGUGGACCCUACUCCGUUCUUCCAGAGCUGUGUGUAUGACAUGUGUCGCUUCGUGGGCCAACAGCAGAUGCUGUGUGACCAGCUCCAGGUCUAUACCGACGCCUGCCUGAGCAUAGGGGCCAAGGUCCACCCCUGGAGGGAGCCAGACUUCUGCCCCCUGGCCUGUCCUCCCAACAGUUCUUACUCCAUGUGUGUGAGCUCCUGUCCAGAGACCUGUCUGGGUGUCAACGGCCCCCCUGGCUGCUCCGAGGCGUGUGUGGAGGGGUGUGAGUGUAACCCCGGCUUUAUCCUCAGUGACGACAAGUGUGUUCCUGUUAAAGACUGUGGCUGUGUCGACUCCUCCGGAGACUAUCAUCCUGUGGGUGAAGACUGGUACCUGGAGGGCUGUAAGGAAAAGUGUGUGUGUCUGGGAGGGGGGGUGAUACAGUGUCACAACACCACCUGCACCCCGACAGAGAGCUGUGGCCUGCAGGACGGGGAGUACGGAUGCCACCCACUGGAAACAGGUAUCUGCACCGUACAGGGCGACCCUCACUACACCUCUUUCGAUAAGAAGGUGCAUAACUUCAUGGGUUCCUGCUCCUACACCCUCACCAAGCCCUGCAAUGAGUCCUCCGGCUUGCCGUAUUUCACUGUCGACACCCAGAACGAGCACCGAGGCAGCAACAAGAAGGUGUCGUACGUCCGAGCUGUCAUGGUCAAGGUCUACGGGAUGACCGUCAUCCUGGGAAAGGGACGCAAAAUACAGGUCAACGGAACCCUGGUGACACCUCCCGUGACUCUGACCAAUGGGGAGAAGAUCUACCUGAGCGGGAAGUUCGUUGUGUUGGAGACGACCUUUGGCUUGCGGGUGAGGUUCGAUGGUAACCACCACGCUGAAGUCACUCUGCCCUCCUCCUACAACGGACUGCUCUGUGGACUCUGUGGAAACUUCAAUGACCAACCUGGAGAUGACAACAUCAAGCCAGAUGGUAAACCAGCUGGCAACACCAACGAACUAGGAGAGAGCUGGCAGGUGCCCGACGACCGCCCCGACUGUACCCAUGGUGGAGGAGAGGAGGAGUGUGAUGCCAAGGUGGAGGCAGAGGCUGAGAAACCUACCAGCUGUGGGAUGAUCAGUGACCCUAACGGUAUCUUUAAGCCGUGCCACGCGGUGGUUCUCCCCAACAUCUACCAGGAGAACUGUGUGUAUGACCAGUGUGCUACAGGAGGGGAGACGGUGGCUCUGUGCCAGGCUAUAGAGAGCUAUGCUGACCUGUGUGCCUUGGCUGGAGUGCCCAUCGCAUGGAGGAACAACACCUUCUGUCCUCUGAAGUGUCUCCCAGGAAGCCACUACGAGCCCUGUGGUAACGCCUGUCCCUCCAGCUGUCAGAACCCUACUUUCAACUCCACCUGUACCCAGCCCUGCGUAGAGGGGUGUGUGUGUGACCCCGGAAUGAUCCUCAGCGGGGACAAGUGUGUCCCACCCAGCCAGUGUGGCUGCACCGACGAGGAUAACAACUAUAGACCGGUGGGAGACAGUUGGUUCACUGAGCUGGACUGUUCGGAGCGUUGUAAGUGUAACCCUGGCAACAACAUCACCUGUGAGCCGUGGCAGUGUAGCCCCGCCCAGGAGUGUAAGGUGUUGGAGGGAGAGCUGGGAUGUGUCUCAACAGGUUUGGCUGUGUGUCAUGUGUCUGGAGAUCCUCACUACUACACCUUUGACGGUGUCAUGCACACCUUUAUGGGUACCUGUACCUACACCCUGGUAGAGGUGUGUAGGUCCACCAAGGUAACUCCGUUCACUAUUGUGGCGAAGAACGAGGAGCGCGGCCAACCAGAGGCGUCGUACGUGCACUCUGUUACGGUCUACCUUCCCAACGCCAAUGUCACGCUACAGAAGAGCCACAGAGUUCUGUUGAAUGGGCACAGGGUGCGUACUCCUCUGUCGAUCGGUGUGGCCGGGGCCAGGGUCUUGAGUAGUGGUGUCUACAGUCUGCUGGACACUGACUUUGGACUGAAGGUCAAGUUUGAUGGAGUCCACCACCUGGAGAUCACCAUCCCUGGAGAAUACUUCAACAAGGUGUGUGGUAUGUGUGGUAACUUCAACAUGAACUCGUCUGAUGACAACCUGAAACCAGACGGAAAGCUGGCCAAGGACGUGAUAGAACUGGGCAACAGCUGGAAGUCAGAGGGAGACUCAGACCCAGGGUGCUCGCCAGAUGAGCGUCCCAGCAUCCACCCCAACUGCACGGCAGAAGAAGAGAAACAGUACGAGACCCUGUGUUCUUCUAUCAUCCUCGGAGACAAGUUCAAGCCCUGCCACUCUUUACUGCCCCCGGAGGCCUUUCUGGGGAACUGCGUGUAUGACAUGUGUGAAUACGAUGGCAUGCAGGCCACACUGUGUGAUAACGUGGAAGCAUACGCACAAGCCUGUCAGUCAGCCGGGGUUACCAUCAGCUGGAGGAACAAUACAUUCUGUCCCCUGCCGUGCCCCCCCAAUAGCCACUACUCUGACUGCACGGCCCCCUGCCCCCCCACCUGCUCUGACCUGUUCCCUACGCACUGCUACCUGCCUUCCACCACCUGCGUUGAGGGGUGCCAGUGUAAUGCAGGGUUCGUCCUCAGUGAUGUGCAGUGUGUUCCUCUGGCCAAGUGUGGCUGUGUGGACAGAGUGGGAGAGUACCAUGAUGUGGGAGACUCGUGGUUGACUGACCACUGUGAUGACCGGUGUACCUGUAACCUGGGAGGCUCCAUAACCUGCUCAGACGUUAAAUGUCCCGACAAUUCUGUCUGCACUAUGGACAAAUAUGGAGACCUCUACUGCAAACCUGAGAAGUUCCACAGGUGUAAUAUCCAAGGCGACCCCCACUACCGUACGUUCGAUGGGCUCAACCACCACUUCCAGGGCCCUUAUACCUAUACCCUGACCCAGGGUCACGACCUCCCCAACUCACUGGUCGAUCUGCAGGUGCGGGGGAAGAACAUCCGUCCUGGUGGCAGCAGGAAGGUCUCCUACCUGGAUGAGGUGUAUGUAGACGUCUACGGAGUCAGCAUCCGCUUCCUGCAGAAGAAAGUAGUACUGGUGAACGGUGAGCGUGUCGCUCCCCCUCUCAGUCCUAGAGGCGGCCUAACCAUCACCAUGAACUCUAAGAACGUCCAGCUGGUCGCCGACUUCGGCAUGACCGUACGCUUCGACGGCAAGCGGCACGCAGAGGUGAUCCUACCCAGUACGUACAGGGACAGGGUGAGGGGUCUGUGUGGGAACUAUGACGGGAUCUCCAGGAAUGAGUACAUGAAACCAGAUGGAACCUUGACGCGGAACCUUGAAGAGUUCGGAAACAGCUGGAGGGUGACUGACAGGCAGGGGGCGGAGCUAGUGACAUCAGACCUCCCCAAGAUGGUGCAUCUGCACAGGCGUGAUGUGGAGACAGACCCAGAGACAGGCUUUGAGACAGCAGGUUGUACUGACGCUCAGCUGGCUGAGUUGAAUGGUAUUAAACAAUGUGGAGCCAUAUCAGACCCUACAGGACCCUUCGCUGCCUGCCAUGCACCACUACUGCCCAACAGCUUCCAGGAGGACUGUUUGUUUGACCUGUGUGCGGAUCAGGAAACCGCCUCCCUGCGUUGUGACAGUUAUGAGGUGUACGCCCUGGCCUGCCAAGAGGCUGGAGUCAAACUGGGCAACUGGAGACAACAGCUGGGCUGUGUCCUGAGCUGUGUAGCCAACAGUACCUACUCUGAGUGUAUGACCCCUUGCCCCACCUCCUGCGCUGACCUGGCCGCUCCCUCCGAGUGUGACUUCACAGCCUGUGUUGAGGGGUGCCAGUGUUCCCCAGGGUUCACCAUGAGCGGAGGCAGCUGUGUUCCCUACAGCGAGUGUGGCUGCACCUACCUGGAUAGAUACUACCAUCUUAACGAGAAGUUUGUGACAGAGGACUGUGCCCUGUCCUGUGAGAGUACGCCCUUGGGCGCCGUGUGCCAACCCAAGGGCUGUGCCGACACACACAUCUGUACUGUCUUCAACUUCACACGUGACUGCUACAAAAAGAGCCCAUGUCUGAGUGACCCCUGUCUGAAUGAUGGUACCUGCUCUGAGAUUACAGUAGACUUAUUCACAUGUCAGUGUCCAGAGGGUUUCGAGGGCACACUGUGCGAGAUUGAGAAGACGGAGACCAGUGGAGGCCUGGAUAAGAACACGAUCAUAUUCAUCGCAGUCCUGGUGCCUCUGGGAGUCAUCAUCAUAGCACUGAUCUGUGUGUUAUGCUACACAUGCUGUAGAAAGAACAAACAAAAUAAGUAUUAUUGUGACAGCACAGAUUCAAAACAUGGGAAGCCAGCGAAAGAGAAAAGCACGAGAAAAACAUCUGUCCCACGUAUUCAGCUGACUUAUUGCAGAGGCAACCAGUACAACAUGCAUCUUAAGGACAGCGACGUCAAAUACGAUAACUUGGACAAACAUGAGAAGAACGCAAGCAACAAAGUGACUCCCAUGUAGAUGGAGAGAAAGAGAGAAGAGAACUCAAGAGUUUCAUGUUUACUGGCAGAUGAAUGUAGUCACACACAAACACAAGGUGGAACCUAACAGUGACAUGAUACUCAAUAAUAAUAUAUGCCAUUUAAAAAAAUUUUUUGCAUAUGGGUGGCCCCAGGAAUCAAACCCACUAUUCUGGCAUUGUAAGAGUCAUGCUCUACCAACUGAGCUACAGAGGACCACUCUGUAAUUCCAGUAAAAUGCUCUUUAAAAUGCACACAAAUUCAUAACAGUCCGUAAUGUCAAUGUUAAAUAUUUUGUCCCAAUAUCAUUUUUUUUGAAUUUGUGAAUGUUGUCAUUACAUUACCCGCUUUUAUUAACUUAUUCAUGCUUUUGUUGUUGUAAUUUGAGAAUGUGUGAGAUAUGAGAUGUCAAGAAUGAUCUAAGGAAAAGUGAAAUCAUAAAAUGCCUAAAGUGCCUGAGAUGUAAUUUAUUGAAUUGAAUUAAAUGAUGUUGCUGCAAGCA